AUGGCUACGACCAAUGAAGGCGUCUUCUCCAUCUUUGACACGGACCUAUACAAGAUUACUAUGCAGUGUGCUGUCCUUCGCUUCUUCUCAGAGGUUCCCGUGAGGUACCGCUUCACCAACCGUACACCACAGAUGCAACUCAAUCGACGGGGCUUCCGAUGGCUUGAGACUCAGGUUGCCAAGCUGGUCAACAUCCGCGCGACUGACGAUGAACUUGCAUGGCUCAAGAAGACAUGUUCCUACCUGGAUCAGAACUAUAUCAGAUAUCUCAAGGACUUCACGUUCCGACCCAAGGAUCAUGUCAGGCUGGACUUCAACCCAAACAGCGAGCAUGGUGGCGACGAUGUCUUCGGCGAGCUGCAUCUGGACGUGCAAGGCAUAUGGGUCGAGACUAUUUUGUACGAGAUCCCUCUACUUGCAUUAGUAUCAGAAGCCUAUUUCAAGUUCGUCGACACAAGCUGGACGCAUGAUGGCCAAGUCGAAAAUGCCAAGGAGAAAGGUCUCAAACUCAUCCAGAACGGCUGCGUCUUCAGCGAAUUCGGCAGUCGACGGAGACGAGACUAUAAAACCCAUGAGAUGGUCGUGCAGGGUCUUGUUGAUGCCCAGAGGGCAGCCGAUAGCAAUGGUGAUCAUUGGAAAGGCAAGUUCAGCGGCACGUCGAACGUCCAUAUGGCUAUGAAGCAUGAUGUGAUGCUGAUAGGAACGGUAGCACAUGAGUGGUUCAUGGGUAUUGCGGCAUUGAAGGACAAUUACGCCGACGCGAACGAGACAGCGCUACAAUACUGGACAGGCACUUUCGGCCGUGGCGUACUCUCGAUCGCUUUGACGGACACUUUCGGCACACCCGCUUUUCUGCGCUCGUUUAGAAAACCUGCGCCAAAGAGCGGCACGAUCGAUACUCAGCAAGAAGGGGAGGACCCAUCGUACGCCGCGAUCUUCACGGGCGUGAGACAAGAUUCUGGCGAUCCACUGGAGUAUAUCAAACUGUUGCAAAAGUUCUACAGAGAUCACAAGAUCACCGACAAGAAAGUCAUCGUCUUUUCCGACGCGCUCAACGUGGACAAGUGCAUCCAAUACAAACAAGCCACAGACGCCGCCGGCCUGACACCUAGCUUCGGCGUGGGAACGUUCUUCACGAACGACUUCAAGCAUUCCAGUGGCGAGAAGAAAGGGGAGAAGAGCGUUCCGCUGAAUAUCGUCAUCAAAUUGAGCGAGGCCAAGGGUAGAGCGGCGAUCAAACUCAGUGACGAUAAAGCAAAGAACAUGGGGAGUGAUGAGUUGGUGCAGAGGAUCAAGCAAGAGGUCGGGUAUGAGGAGAAGAGUUGGAUAGGUGGGGAUGAAAGCCAUCGGUGGGAUUGA